AUGGCACUACCUAGCGCUGACGAACUUGAGCAACUUCCCGAAAUCGAUGUGAUAAAUGAAGAUGUAAUGAAAUCGGAUGAAGGAAAAAUUUCUUGGCGUGAAUGGAUAAUGAAAUAUGAAAAAAAGGUGAACGAUUAUAAUUUCGGAACAUUAUUAAGGAAGAACGCGAGUAGUGAUUACACGGAAGAAAAUACCAUUUUAGUUACACGAAUGCAGCAAGGAAUAAACAAGGAUUAA